GCUUCUUCGGAAUGGGCCCGUCCCAUUUUUUACGUCACCAAACGUCACCAGGAAGUCCUCCGGACUCAAAGCGACAUCAUGGCAGAGUACACAGACCCACACGUCGAUGGAGCUGCUGAGGAGAUGCCUGAGCUCUCAGACGGUGAUGAUGAUGAUGACGUUGAUGAUGAAGAGCAGUGGCAGUGGAUGGAGGAGGACAGUCAGCCGGUUACCUGUUUGUUCUGUGACAGGUUGCUAAGUUCUGUAAAUGCCACCCUGCAGCACUGUACAGCUGAGCACCAGGUCAACAUUGUAGAUCUAAUAAGAAAUUACAAUUUAGAUGACUACGGAUACAUAAAAAUGAUCAACUUUAUACGGUCAACAAAAUGUAAAGCAUCCAGUCUGAAUGGGUUGCCAGAUGCUCCUUUACCCUGGGAGAGCGAAGACUUCCUGCAGCCAGUCCUUCAGGAUGACCCGCUGCUGCAAACAGACCCCGAGGAGCUCUGUGGCAGCGAGAGGUCAUGCCUGGCAUCUGGGGCCGAUCCCCAUAAUGUACUUGUGCACAGGGCGCAGGCUGCGGAGGAGAGAGCCCGCUCUUCGGAGGAGGCACUGGCCAGAGCCAUGGAUGACCUGCACAAACUCAAGGUGCUGGCUCAGGGGUUGGUGCUGAAUGCGGAAACAAGCAGGUCUGGCACCCUGGGCGCUGUGGCGGAGCUCCGUGAGGACGAGGACGAGGCCUACUUCAGCUCCUAUGGACAUUACAGCAUCCAUGAAGAGAUGCUGAAGGAUAAAGUACGCACGGAGAGUUACCGAGACUUCAUGUACAGCAACCCUGAAGUGUUCAGAGAUAAGGUGGUGCUUGAUGUGGGCUGUGGCACUGGCAUAUUAUCAAUGUUUGCUGCACAAGCUGGGGCCAAAAAGGUUAUAGCAGUGGAUCAGUCUGAAAUCAUCUACCAGGCCAUGGACAUAGUCAG